AUGGUUGACAAGGUCGAAACACCAGUCGACCAGAUCAAGAAGGAGGCCGCCAUGUUGGAGAGCCUCGACCAUCCCAACAUAGUCAAGUUUCACGGCGUCUACUACGAGAGGUGUUUCGUCUGCAUUGUCAUGGACAAGUACGGCGGAGGACACCUUGUGGAGGGCCUGCAGAAACACCUCAAGGAGCGCGGUCAGAUCAACUGCUUCCACGUCGUGCACGUCGCACGUCAGAUGGGAGCAAGCGUCGAGCACCUGCACUCGCGUGGCGUCAUCCACCGGGACGUGAAGGGCGACAAUUACCUCAUGGACCGCAGAGACAUGACAGACCCUGGUUGCAAGGUCGUGCUGACGGACUUCGGCACCGCCUGCCACGUGGAGCCGAGCGAGCGCCUGAGCGCGGCGGUCGGCACCAAGAUCUUCUGGGCGCCCGAAUUCUUCGACAAGAACUACGGCAAAAAGGUCGACGUGUGGGCCAUCGGCGUCAUCAUGUACGGCCUCGUGACGGGCCGCUUCCCCUUCAGGGACGAGGCCGACAUCCGGACGAAGGAGGUGAAGAUCCCGAAGAGGGUCCACCACCGCUGCGACGAGACCCCUUCGUCAAGAAGAUGCUGGAGAAGAAGGAGUGCCCUGCGGUUUGACGCGGCGCAGAUGAUGGGGCACGCGUGGUUGGCUGAUGGCAGCAAGAAGGAGGACAAGACCGACUCAAAACAGUCGGUCCCAGACGGAGAAGAGGCGCCAACAGAGGAUUUCCGGGUCGAUCAAGCGAACGAAGGCAUUCAGGAGAGGCGUCAGGAGUUGAUCAACCGCCUGAACAAAGAGCAUGAGGGCCGCACAGCUCCCAAGUACGACUGCUUUCUAGCAGAGUGUGCGAAGAGGUCGGAAGCAAUGAUCUUGCGGCGGACGAUGGUAGACUUGCAGGUGGGGGCAGAGGCUAGGUGUACUCCGUCUCCGCCUCCACUUGUGCAACAUCUUGCCACUUGCGAGGCCAAGCGCGCAAACAUCCACGAGAUAGACGACGUAUCAUCGUCCACAGAUUUGAAAGGCGCUGGAUUCAAUCUGGAGACGUUCGAGAGUAUGUUGAAGGAUUGUGACUCUCCUAAUUGCGAGGAGAGUGAGCAUGAGGUGGCGGCAGUUGUUGCACGAUCUGACGAGGUAGAUGCAGACCAGCAUUAUGAGCGACGUCUGCCCUAG